UCUUCGUGAAACCCUUCCCGCAUUGCACGCAAACAUAGGGUUUCUCUCCGGUGUGUGUUCGCUGGUGCAUGUCGAGGGUGCAUUUCUGAAUGAAGCCCUUUCCGCAGAUGGGACAGCGGUAGGGCUUCUCCCCCGUCUGGCUGUAGCACCGGAAGCUCUUGCCGCACUGCAGGCAGCCAAACCUCUUGGCGGCCGAAUUCCUAAAGUUGUGCGUCUUCACGCUCCGGAGUGGCUGGGCAACAUUUUGGGGUGCCAGGAAGGAUGGCGAUGCGUUCACGAAGGAGUCGGGGAAAACUGACUGAAGGCGAUGGCUCGAAUCCUGGCUCACGCCUGGACUUUUCUGGGUGUCUGUUGACAGGAUUUUAGCAGAAAAACAAGAAGUCAAUCAAAGCAGCAUGGCUGGCAGGAGAGUUGUGGUGUUCCCCUCCUCAGCAGAGCUGGGUCCAGCACUGGCCCACCUGGUGACCUCUCGGGCUGAGAGGGCCAUCACCUCCAGGGGCAGGUUCACUCUGGGUCUCUCUGGAGGAAGCCUGGUGACCAUGCUCAGCAAAGAACUGCUGGCCACGGCGGGCCUGGACUGCAGCAAGUGGUUGGUGGGGUUCUGCGAUGAGCGAGUGGUACCUUUUGACAACCCCGAAAGCACAUAUGGGCUCUAUAAGAAUCAUUUCUUUUCCAAGAUUAAUAUCCCUGAAGAUGGAAUUUUGUCCAUUGACUCCUCUCUACCGGUGAACGAGUGUGCUGAAGAUUAUGCUCGCACACUACAAAAGGCCUUCCCUGAUGGUGACGUGCCCGUGUUUGAUCUGCUUCUUCUGGGCAUGGGGCCUGAUGGACACACCUGCUCCCUCUUCCCAAACCACCCCCUUCUAGAGGAGAGUGAAAAAAUCGUGGCUCCUAUCAGCGACUCUCCCAAACCUCCGCCACAGCGCGUGACCAUGACGUUGCCGGUGGUGAAUGCUGCACGCUGCGCAGCUUUUGUGUCCACAGGAGGCAGCAAAGCAUCAGUUUUGAGGGAGGUACUGGAGGGAGGGGAAGGUCCAACGUUCCCAGCAGCACGCGUCUCCCCGACUAACGGCGAGCUGUUCUGGCUCAUCGAUGAGCCCGCCGCUGCGUCCUUGACCAUGCAGGUGGAGAAGCCGGGCCAUGGCGCCAAACUCUAGAACAGGGUUGUCAAACUCAUGGAGGAAAACCUUUUCCCACGCGGGCCCGACGGGUAAAAUCAUGGCAUAAUAACUUAAAAAUAUGAUUACAACAACUUCACAUUGUUUUUUUUACUUUGGCCCAAAAUAGAAGAAGAACAUUGUGAAAAUGUACACAUGACAAAUAAUCCUCUUGACAAAACACUUCAAGUUAAUAAACAGGAAAAACAAUGGUAGAGUUACAAAAACACCAUGAAGAACCUGAUGAAAUUAGACUUAAUCUCAGUGUUUCUACAAACCAACUAAACUUUAAGUCACAGCCCAUCUAUGAUUGAACAAAAACAAAAUGAAGCAGAAAUAACUUAUCAACUACUUCAUUUGUCAUUUCCAUUGUUGACUUUCUUUAAAUUUGCACAGAAGACAAUGAUUUUCACAAAACUAUGUCAAUGUUUUGUCUCAUGCUUGGGGUUACUAAUUGUUUAUUUUACUCCCGUUUGUUUUACAUUUGCUUGCCUAACAUAAUUGCUAUUGUGACAUCCAGUGGACACAUUUAGAACAGCAGUUUCUUUAAAACUUUAUUUAAAACUGCAGCUUAAUUUUACACUUAGAAAACUCAUCUCCCUGGCCGGAUUGAACCCUGUCCGGGCCGCGUGUUUGACAUCCCUGCUCUAGAACAUUCCAGGCACUAGUACAUAUGAGGAAGACGUUUUGUGCACUUCUUUUUAUUAUUCCUAGACAAAAUAGAGACAGACUAAAGAUGCUGCUGGAUGUAGCACGAACUGGAAAGGUGUUUGUCGAAUGUAUAAUAUUUAGUUUUAUACCUUCAGUAUGAAGACACAAAUAAUAGAAGAAUCAAUAAAAGUACAUAUCUCAUUCCUGA